AUGGAGGGAGUCACAUCUUCUACUCAGCAACCGGAGAACACCCCAUCAGAAACUCGCGAUCGCGCACCUGCCACGGCCCCCUCUGCGGGAGAAUCUAGCACUGCCGCGGCCGAAGAUGCUCCCCAGCCGCCUCUAUCUAAAAACGCCCUGAAGCGCAUGAGGAAACACAAGGAGUGGGAAGAUGGCCUAGAAGACCGGCGCAAGCAGCGCAAAGAAAAGCGCCAGGCUCACCGAGUUCGCAAGCGUGAGGAGAGGGCCGCCCUCGUCGCCCAGGGCAUCGAUCCCUUCGCCAAUAUCCCAAAGAAGCCCACGUCGGUCAACGUGCCCAUCUCGCUCAUCUUUGACUGCGAAUUUGAGGAGUACAUGCUCGACAAGGAGCUCGUCUCCCUCGGCGCCCAGAUCACGAGGUCAUACUCGGAGAACAAGAACGCCGCGUUCCGGACACACAUGUGGGUGUCCGGGUGGAGUGGGAAGCUGGCCACGCGGUUCCGGGAUGUACUCGAGGACAAGCACAAGAACUGGAAAGGCAUUGAGUUUCUGGAGGGCGACUUCAUUGAGUGCGCAGUGAAGGCGAGGGAGAAGAUGCAGACCAGGGGAGGAACGAUGAUCGAGCCCCUACAAAAGAGCCUCGACCAAAGCGUCCCGUGGAUCCGAGACGAACGAGACCCCUUCCCCAUGGUCGAGCCAGAGCCAGAGCCAAAGGAGGAAUAUAAAGACAUUGUCUACCUCUCAUCAGACUCACCCUACACUCUCGACCGACUCGAGCCCAACACAAGCUACGUCAUCGGCGGCCUCGUCGACAAGAACCGCGAAAAGGGCCUCUGCUACAAGCGCGCCCGCGAGCUAGGCAUUCGAACUGCACGGCUCCCCAUUGGCGAGUACAUGGUGAUGCAGAGCCGGACGGUGCUCGCGACGAACCACGUCGUCGAAAUUAUGCUCAAGUGGCUCGAGUAUGAGAACUGGGGAGAUGCGUUCCUCAGCGUCAUUCCCAAGCGCAAGGGCGGCCACUUGCGGCAGUUAGAUGGUGCCGAGAACGAGGAAGCUGAAGAGGAAGCGGCCGAGGAGGAGGAUGCCGAAGAAGUGAACGGCGCAGAGGGUGCCAAAGGCGAUACAGCCCCCAAAGCCGUGACUAAAGGAGAGGCCACUGUAAACUCAUAG